CAGUUUGAAUUUUUUGGAAUAUUUUCAGACUCUGUUUUGUUCAGUUUUUAUCUAAAUUAAGUAAGAAAAAGUUAUUUAUUCAAGUUCAUUUCAUUUUGUCAUUCUUCAUCAUGUUUAAGAAAUGGAAGAAAGGUCAUCAUCACGAUCCACAAAGAGAAAAAAUAAAAGAUGAGCUGUUUGAAUUCAAAAAGACGGCUGAGCAUGGAUUCCCAAACCAACCUAGUGCUCUGGCAUUCGAUAGGAAGUUAAAAUUAAUGGCCAUUGGAUUGAAAAACGGUUCAAUUAAAAUAUAUGGAGCACCAGGAGUUGAAUUUACAGGACUUCAUGAUGACACCAAUCAAGUUGUUCAGUUGCAUUUCCUUACAGGAGAGGCCCGCCUUGUCAGCAUACUGGACAAUAAUACAAUGCAUUUAUGGGAAUUACAAAACAUCAAAGAUGACAAGAAAGGGGCACAAGAACUUGUGGAAGUUGGAGCAUAUCAGCUGUCUGGCCGUCCUGGAAUCAAUCAAAUCACAGAAGUUAUGAUCAAAUCUACGAAUGAUGUAAUGUGGGUUGGUACAGAAGGUGGAGGGAUCUAUCCGUUGUCUCUCCCAGACUUUAAACCAAGAGAUGGGGGAAUUAUUCAUCAGGAUCAAGUAAUGCAAAGUAUUCCUGAAAGCUAUAAAACUGGCAAAGCUUUGGGACCUGUUGAAGCAAUUGAGGAACAUCCACAGAAUCCUACCCUGGUAUUAAUAGGAUACAGCAGAGGAUUGGUCGUGUUAUGGAAUGAUCAAACUCAAAACGUAGAAAAAUAUUUCUUAGGAAAUCAGCAACUUGAAGCUGUUUCAUGGAAUUCAAACGGUCGAGAAUUUAUGACGGCGCAUAAUGAUGGAAGUCUAUUAACAUGGCAGAUAAAUAAUAAUGAUGUCGUACCUUCACCUAACAUUCCUUAUGGUCCCUUUCCAUGCAAAGCCAUCACUAAAAUAAUGUGGAAAACUUCAAAAACGCAACCAUUUGUAGUAUUCAGUGGUGGGAUGCCUCGCGCUAAUUACGGAGAUCGGCAUUGUGUUAGCGUCAUUUGCGGAAGAGAUCAUGUGACCUUUGACAUCACCUCACGCAUCAUCGACUUUUUUCUUGUAUGUGAAAAUUCUUCAAGAGAAGAGGACGAAAACCCUGAAUAUCUGAUCAUUCUUGCUGAAGAAGAAUUGAUUGCAAUUGACCUGACGAAAGAGGGAUGGCCAACUAUGGCUCCACCAUACCUUGCCUCAUUACAUUCUUCGGCUAUUACUUGUUCAACUCAUAUCUCAGGAAUGUCAAGUCAAACUUGGAAAAAGAUUGAAGGAGCAGCAAAACGUGCAAACGCUGUUGAUGGAAAGAAUAAAAAGAAACAACAUGUCGCUCUGGAUUCGUAUUGGCCAGUAGACGGUGGAUUUAAUCUGGAAACAAAAGUAACAGAUUUCGCUGAUCGAGAUAUUAUAUUGACUGGACACGAAGAUGGUACAAUUAAAUUCUGGGACGCGACAUCAGUAUCGAUGACACCAAUAAUGAAACUAUUCACUGCAUAUUUGUUUGUGACUGACGGUGACAACAUUGAUCACGAUGCAUUUGAAGAUGAAUAUCCUCCGUUCAGAAAAGUUGGAGAAUUUGAUCCAUAUUCUGACGAUCCAAAACUUGGAAUCCGAAAAUUGGCAAUGUGUGGACAAACUGGUACAAUUGUAGCCGGCGGAACAGCUGGACAGGUUUUUGUGUUCGUACUGUCAGACGAUGCAAUAGAAUCAGCACUUGUCACGAAAGAAGUCGACAUUUUAAACGAAAGGUCAGGGUUCACAUGGAAAGGUCACGAAAAAUUGACCCCAAAGGAUAUUCAUCUAUCUAUGGAUCCUGGUUACCAGGUUAACAAUGUUGUUCAAGCCAAACCACCUGCCAGUAUUACAGCAAUAAAUGUCCAGGCACAAUGGGGAUUGGUUGGAUUCGGUACAAGUCAUGGAUAUGUUUUGUUCGAUUAUCAACAAAACAAAUGUGUUCUCAGUCGAUGUACGCUUGAAACUGGCGAUAAUUCUGCAAUGGAAGGACAUUUCUCACGAGCUAAAUCAUUCAAAAUGUCUCUCAGACAAUCAAUACGACGAUUACGUGGUAGUUUUAAAGGCCGAGGUGGCUCCAAACGAAGGGCAUCAGGCAGAAGACGAAACUAUAGAAGGGGUGAUAUGUCAAAAAAACUUCAAGAAGCUAAUGCCGCUCUUGUUGAUGAAGAAGAGACACCUAGUGGUACUUGGUCACCUGCAGGACAACGCAAGGUCGAAGCAAGGUCGUCUGAUGAAGGAAUGACAGGAAUGAUUCGAUGCAUUUAUUUUGCUUCCACUUAUAUAAGAGAUACCGUCAGUUUGUCUCCGACAUUCUGGGCAGGAACAAACACCGGAUCUGUUUAUGUUUACGGACUUGAUAUUCCUGAUUACAGUAAAAGACAAGAGCUAGAAGUAACUUCUCUGUUAGGUAAAGAAAUUCAACUGAUGCAUCGAGCACCGGUAAUUGACGUAACAGUUGUUGAUUCUCACGGAUCACCAGUUCAUCUGAUGUCACACGGUAAAGCAUCCAAUGGUACAGCGCAAGGUGCCGCAGCUCAUCAUUUCCUUGUUAUAAGUUCUGAAGAACAGUUUAAAGUUUUCACAUUACCAAAAAUAUCUGCACGGAAAAAAUUAAAGUUGACUGCUGUCGAUGGAUCUUUAGUACGGAAAGUCACUCAUGCACGAUUCGAUUCCGACUCAAAUCCUGAUUACCAUGAAUAUGCUCUUGUAUGCCUUACUAAUCAAGGUGAAAUCCUAGUAAUGAGUGCUGUACCGUCAUUCCGACCUCAAGUCCAUUAUUCAUGCAUUGGUGCUGAUGAUCCACACGGUAUAAGUUCAGCUAUACUGACAUCUAGUGGCCAAGGUUUUUAUCUCCUCUCGUCAUCCGAGUACGAAAGAUUUACUCUUUCAAAAUGCAACUCUGUUGAAUCAUAUUGUCGCGUUCAACUUGAUCCAUCAACUCCAAUUGCCCCAAUCGCUCCAUCGAGGCUUGUGACGGCCCAGGUUGAGAGCCCAGAAAACCAUGCUGAGAAGGCCAAGGAAACCUCCAUUAGUAAAACUCCUGAAAAGAAAAACAAAACACCGACUAAAGAACCAAAGAGAGAAGGAUCUGUAGUGGUUGCUAUGAAGUCAUCAUCACCUAAGCAACCGUUGUUAUGUGAUGAAAGUGAAGAAGACGAAGGAGAUGAUACAGAUCAUGUUGCCAAACAUGAGAGUGUUUUAGAAGAAGCAGAAAGAACGCUAGCUGAACUUGACAUAACCGGCCAAACUGCUGGUUCAGAAGACACGGAAGUCAACGUACAAGAGUUAUUGGGGGCGGUAGCGGAAGCAGAAAAAAAUCUAGAAAAAAAAUAAUUACCACGAUUUUAUCGCUGAACAACAAAGAUAGUGGAAAUGAAAAAAUGAAGUUGGCAAUCCUGACAGAUUUUCUUCCUGCUCACAUAAACAAUCACCAUAGUUGAAUGUUUUUAAAAUUUCAAUAGAAUUUUUUGUUUGUUUUUCUUGUUAGAAGAACAUUAUCGAAAUUUAUUACGAUGAAAAAACACUCUUGUUCAUUUUAAUAAAAAAAUUAAUCUUGUUGAUUUUAACUAUUUUUUUUCUGUUGUCACCCAUUUCUGUAAAUGUGAUGAAUAUUUUUACAACAAUUUUUGUGUAUUAGAUUGAUUUUUAGUAAUUGUGACGAUUUUCAUAAUUUUUUUGAGAAAUACUAUUGUUUAUUUUAACGAAAUAUUCAACAUUAUGGAGUCCUGAAAUAUGUAUUACUUACCUCUUAAUUUUUUUCUCAAAAUUUUAACUCCUGAAUUUCUGAAUCAAAUUUAAUUGAAAUGAUUUUUUUCAGCUGAAAUGUUUAUCAAGCUACAUUCACGGCUUUAUAAGAUAAUUUUCCAUUAGUAUUUGUAUUCCGUUUUUUUUUAUUCCAAAUUCGUUUGCCAAUUUAAACAAACUAUGUACAAUUGCCUUAUAUCAUAUCGCACCAUACUUUUGAUUCUGCGAAAAAGCAUGAUUUAUUAAAUUCCUUGUUGCGAUUUCCACCACAAAAUUCAACUCUAAGAUGAAAAUAAUGCUUCUACAUCAAUUGUGCAUUUUCCUCUCCAAGCUUUCAUCGAAAUAUAUUCUCGCCUUCUUAUUAUAAUAACCAAUUUUUAGAUGUUUUUAUCGCUGUUUUAGAUAUUUUAUUUUCGUUUAGUUCUACCCCCAUGGUGCUAUUUUGAUAUUUUUCUGUUGAAUGUUUUUAUGAUUAAUUGAAAAAAAGAUCAUCUGACUUUUUCACUCAUUUUAGUGAUGCCAGAUUUUUAUAAUUCUACAUUUAUAUCUAUUAUAAAAUAUUUAUUUACUGGCAACAAGAUUUGUUAUUAAACAUUCAAACCAGCUAUUAUUGUUUCAAAAAUUAAAUUCUUUACCAAAAUUGUGCAUUAUUGAUGUGAACAUUGGUAAAUACCUAUAUUUUUCGAUUUUGAAUGCAAAAAAUCUGGCAUCAUUAUUUAGAGAGCAAUCUGAUGAACUUUUUUAUCAUUCAUGGUGAUCUCAUAUCAUUUUAUUUUCAUGUUGAAAAUCAUAGUUUUUUUCUUUGUUUUUUUUUAAUUAAAGGGAAUCCUAUGUUUUUAAUUAAAGUCUAUAACAACUAACUAAAUGGUACUUAAAAUUGUUGAGUUUUGAAUUAUAAUAUCAAGAGUCAUCUAUUUUAUUUUUAAACAAUAAAUUCACUGAUAAAUUGCUCAAUUGGUAUUAAAUAUCGUUUCCAUUGCGUAUGAAGUUUAGUUCUUAAAAAUCAAAAAAUAAAUUCUUUACAUGCCUUCAGUUCACAUCUAAAAUUUUCAAAUACCGGUAGAUUACUUCCUCAUAUUCGCAAUGGCGAUUUAUUCAAAUUUCGAAUAAAAAAUUGAUUUUUUCACAAUAAUUGAUCAAUUCCAGGUGGUUUGCAUCACAGAAUUUAGUGUAUUCCCUCUGGCAGUGUUUCCCAGUCUGAAAAUCCUCUGGGGUCACUUUGUUUCAAACAAAAAAUUCAAUCUAUUUUGCUUAAUUAAAGCCACGCCACUACAUGCUGUUUAGUAUUAGAGCAUUUCCUUGGGCGCAAGAUUUCACAAAAUUGAUUUUUAAAAAAAAAUUCGGAUCUCUUGAAAAUAAAGUUGGAAACAACUCCAUGAUAUGGUAAUCGUUGUCUAUUCCACUCCAAAAUAAUUUUUCAAUAUUUUGUCUCCACUAGUUGACCUGGUGAUGAAUUAAGUUUUAAAUUUGGAAAUGUCUAUAAUAGGGUCUUAUAGUUUGAUGAAUAUAGAAAAUUGUUUCAUUCGUUUCAAUAAUGAAAUGACAAUUCAUCUGGGCACAUUUAAAACGAUUUUUGUUAUUAUACAGAUUGACCAAUUACUAACAUAUUUAGGGUUAAGUAAUACUGUAGUGGUACCUGUGUAUGUAAUUUUGCAAUUUCUCAAAUCAAUAAGAAAAUUCUUUCCAAUAUACCUGGUUGUACGUUCAAAUUCUUUAAUUUAAAUUUGAAAAAACCAUUGGAAUUUGCAUGCUUAAAGUUUAGGUGAACGUUGGUAUUAGACUAUAGAAAUCUCUUAGUAUUACUGCUGGUGCUUCUGGUUCUAUUUCAUUGUGUUUGAACCUAUUUACAUCACUUUGCACUUGAUUACAUUGUGUUCAUUAUCAAUACUGUUCAUUAUUUCAUGACUUCAGCCCCAGAAAAUUGUGCAUUAUUCAACAGGUAUCAAAUCAACCAGCGUCGUCUUACCGUACAUUUUUCUGGUAUUUCCCGCGUAACUGCGCUCUUUUUAAGUGUAGAACCACUUUGGUUUAAUCUGCAAGAUACUUUAAAUUUUAUGUCAUUUUAUUGUGCACAGUCGGUACUUAUUCAUUUGAUUUUUCUCCACAGAUCAUCUUGUGUUUUUUGCUUCUAUUUUUGCAAAGUGCCCCCCGCAUUCAUAGCACUAAUAUCAAUAAUUAUUUUUGUAGUCACCAUUUUUAAUUUUAAUAAUAGCUAAAUGUCGGUGUGUAUUGUAUUGCAAGUUAUUUGAACGAAUUAAAAUUUCAAUUUGUGCUGA